AUGCAGCAGAACGCCGAACAUAACAAUGUUGUAGUAAUCGAAAACAUUUUUGGUGAAAAAAAAGGUGAAAAAGAAGGCGGCGCCGGUGAAAAGGAGAAGGAAAAAGGUGGCGAGGAUAAGGAAAAGGUUAAAAAAGAAGCUAGCGGAAACGGCAAGGAAAAGGGAAAAGAUGGAAAAAAAGAAGGGGGAGAGGACAAGGACAAAGAAAAGGGGAAGGAUGAAAAAAAAGAUGGGGGAGAGGACAAGGCUAAGGAAAAGGCAAAAGAUGAAAAAAAAGAGGCGGGAGAGGACAAGGUCAAGGAAAAGGCAAAGGAUGAAAAAAAAGAGGGGGGAGAAGAAAAGGUCAAGGAAAAAGUGAAAGAUGAAAAAAAAGAGGGGGGAGAGGACAAGGGCAAGGAAAAGGGGAAGGAUGAAAAAAAAGGUGGGGAAGAGGACAAGGUCAAGGAAAAGGCGAAAGAUGAAAAAAAGGAGGGGGGAGACGAUAAGGCCAAAGAAAAGGGGAAAGAUGAGAAAAAAGAGGGAGGAGAGGAUAAGGACAAAGAAAAGGGGAAAGAUGAAAAAAAAGAUAGGGGAGAGGACAAGAUUAAGGAAAAGGAGAAAGCUGAAAAAAAAGAUGAGGGAGAGGGCAAAGUCAAGGAAAGGGAGAAAGCUGAAAAAAAAGACGAGGGAGAGGGCAAGGUCAAGGAAAAGGGGAAAGAUGAGAAAAAAGAAGAGGGAGAGGAUAAGGCCAAAGAAAAGGGGAAAGAUGAAAAAAAAGAUGGGGGAGAAGCCAAAGUUAAAGAAAAGGGGAAAGAUGAAAAAAAAGAAGAGGGAGAGAGCAAGGUUAAGGAAAAGGGAAAAGAUGAAAAAAAAGACGAGGAAAAGAAAACGGCCAAGGAGAAAGUGGAAAUUGAAAAAAAAGAGGGGGAAGAGGACAAGGAAAAGGAUAAAAAAGAAGUUGCUGACAAGGACAAAGAUGAGGAUAAGAAAGAAAGUGCCGAUAAAGACAAGGAAAAGGGUAAAAAAGAGGGUGCCGAUGAAGACAAGGAAAAGGAGAAAAAAGAAGAGGCUGAUAAAAGCAAAGAGGGGCAGGAAAAAAAGGAAGGUGCUGAUGAUAGGGAAAGGGGAACGCCCCAGAAAAGCGGUGGUGGUAGCAUAGAAAGGGACAAGGAAGAGGAAGACAAGGAUAAGAAGGAAGGGGAGGCCACUGACGUUGACAAAAAGGAUGAAAAGGAUGAUAGUGACAGAAGCGUCAGCCAGCAGACCGACAAAACGGCCCCCAGUCAGGCGAGCGUUUUUGAAAAGAUUUUUGGCUAUUUCCUUUCGUAUCGUCGAGCAUAA